CCUGCAGGUAAUGAUGUGGGUCCAUCCUCGACAAAUAAGACUGCAAACAAGUUUGAGGGACUGUCUCAGCAGUCCAGCACUGGAUCUGCAAAGACAGCCCUCGGCCCAAGAGUUCUUCCUAAACUACCUCAGAAAGUGGCACUAAGGAAAACCGAUACCAGCCAUCACCUGUCCCUAGACAAAGCCACCACCACACCCGAAAUCUUCCAGAAAUCGGCACAGUUGGCAGAGUUACCACAAAAGCCACCACCUGGAGACCUGCCACCAAAACCCAUCGAACUGGCUCCCAAACCCCAAAUUGGAGACUUGCCACCUAAGCCAGGAGACCUGCCUCCCAAGCCCCAGCUGGGCGACCUGCCCCCCAAGCCUCAGCUGGGUGACCUGCCUCCCAAACCCCAGCUAUCUGACUUACCUCCCAAGCCACAAAUGAAGGACCUGCCUCCCAAACCCCAGCUGGGAGACAUGCUGGCAAAAUCCCAGCCUGGAGAUGUGUCCCCCAAGGCUCAGCUGCCACCUGAUGUGACAAUGAAACCACACCCUGUGGACCUUUGUCUGAACACGCCUGCCGGAGACGCCAUCCAAAAGCAGGCCUCGGAGGACUCCAAUGAUCUGACGCCCAAUCUGCCCGAGACGCCUGUGCCACUGCCCCGGAAGAUCAACACGGGAAAAAAUAAGGUGCGGCGAGUGAAGACCAUUUACGACUGCCAGGCGGACAAUGACGACGAGCUGACGUUCAUCGAGGGAGAGGUGAUCAUUGUUACAGGGGAGGAGGACCAGGAGUGGUGGAUCGGGCACAUCGAAGGACAGCCGGAAAGGAAGGGGGUGUUUCCGGUGUCCUUCGUUCACAUCCUGUCUGACUAGCUAAAAGCAGAACUUUCAGGCUGUGCUCAUCUUUUAAGCAAGACUGCUGCCUUCACCCCAUCCUGUGCACAACGUGUAUAUAGCUGCUAUUACGGAAUGCGACGCCCACGGAAGAACCACCUCGGAGGGGAAUGUAGCGUGUGCCAUAAUACCCGUCGCCCGUAUUAGGGACCCUGGGACCCCGAGUGCCCUACUGGUGUGCCAGAUCCUCUCUUGGCAUCUAGCUCUCACAUCCCUGUCUAUGCUGUUUUCCAAGCAAACGGAAUCGGGAAUGUAGGAACUACUGGCUUUGCAAAUGCAAGUGGUCUCAGCAACUGUUGAAAGGCACAGAGUUGACAAAGCAGUAUUCUCAGCUGCAUUACUGAAAAUGCAACACUGGCCAAGAGGCAGCUUCUGUUUUCCAGGUGAAACUCUUGGCUCCCUGACAGACCAGCCUGUUGACACCUGUGUGCACAGCUCAGCUACAGAGAGCACUCAGUUACACGUAAGUGUUGCUCCUUCCCAAAACCUUUGGUGGCAUGUUUUCCACUGCCCACAGCCUCAUGUGGAGCCUUUGGGUCAGUGACCAUUUCGCUGAGAGAAUCACACUUGCGUUUGAGCAGUUUUCUAUAAUAAAUUCCAAGGCCAGCUGAGUGGCACAUUGGUUAGGAGUUGGCUUGGGACGCCAGCUCUGAGCAG